AUGGAGAAUAAAUUUAGUUCAUUUCCAGCCAUAGACGCCAGUGAUGAUACACCCAAUGCCAUCAAUGUUGACGGUGUCACCUAUGGAUAUACCGAUAGUUCAUCUGUGUUAACAAAUUUUACGUUACGUAUAGUACAGGGCAAAAUUUUUGCACUGUUGGGAGCUAACGGAUGCGGCAAAACAACAGUGAUUAAGUUGAUAUUAGGUCGCAUCAAACCUCGCAAUGGUUUAAUACAAGUGUUUGGUCUGCCGCCAGCUCACCGGGAUCUGGGUAUACCGGGUCCUGGUGUAGGAUAUAUGCCGCAAGAAAUUGCACUGUUCAAUGAAUUUACUAUUGAACAGUGUCUCACCUAUUUUGGUAAAAUCUACAAAAUGGACAGCCAUUGCAUAAAUAAUAGAUUAGAGUUGUCUAUAGAAAUGUUGGAUUUACCAAAUAGGAAACAUAAGAUCAGUGAGUUAAGUGGUGGCCAACAGAGAUUGGUAUCGUUGGCAAUAACAAUGAUACACUCACCACCGUUGCUCAUACUGGAUGAGCCAACAGUGGGCGUUGACUCUAUCCUCAGAUAUCGGAUCUGGUCAUACCUGGAGAAAAUCUGCACUAACUAUGGUAUUACAGUAUUGAUAACCACACACUAUAUUGAUGAAGCAAAAGGUGCGGCAAACGUAGGAUUUAUGAGUAAUGGAUCAAUGAUUAGACAGUCUUCGCCCUAUCAGCUAAUCGUUGAACUCAACUGUCAUUCACUGGAAGAUGUUUAUCUAAAAUUGUGUCAAAAACAUAAUAAACGUUUACGCGAUCAGAGACAUGAUAGACAAGGUGUCAAUCAAAUCAUGACUACCGAUACGAUGCCAACUGAAUCGACAAAUAGUAAACCUAUGUUAAUCAAUACUACCGGUACUUACAAUCAACAUAUGAUUGACAUUCGACGUGUCGGUGCACUGAUAGACAAAAAUUAUAUACAAUUCAAACAAUUGACUUUUGGUAUGGUAUUAUUUUUUAUUAUACCGUUAGUGUCAAUUUAUGCCACCAGUAUUACCGUUGGAUCAGUUCCACAGCAUAUACCAAUAGCCAUAUAUACCGGUGCAAAUUUGCAGACCCGGCAAAUGUCGAAAAAAUUUCUCGCAUCAAUCGAUGCCAAACUAAUUAAACCAAAAUAUUAUGACAAUGAAUCUGAAGCCAUAGAGUCGAUAAUUACGGGUCAAAAUAUGUUUGCCCUGAUAUAUCCGGUCAACUAUUCGGCCAACUUUAUUGCCCGACUGCCGUCGCCAUUUGAGGUCAGCGAUGAAACACUCAAGAAUAGUACGAUCCGCGAGUACGCCGAUCACAGCAACCAAAUUGUGGCCACUUAUGUACGCUAUUUAUACCUACUCGACGGCUUAUUUGAGUUUAUGACCAAAAUUGGUAAACAACUCAAUCUUAAUCCGACGGCUUUUCAGCGACCAAUAGACACGUCUCGACCCAUAUUUAACGGCACAUUCUACGACUCACAUACCUAUCCCUCGACGGGCAUAUUAUUUAUGGCUGUCUAUGCAUUUCCGUUGUGUUUGUCGGCAUUUUUUAUAGUCAACGACUUGCGAAACAAAUCGCUGGAGCGGUCAUAUGUGGCGGGUGUUAAACCAGUGGAGGUGUUUGUCGUACAUAUACUUGAAAUGCUUGUUUUGAAUACAGCACUGGUAUCGGAGCUGAUGAUAAUAUUAGUAGCCUUGGUAUUGCCAAUGUUUAUAUGUUCGGGUGUUGUGUGGCCAUCCGAGGCUAUACCACCGAUGUUCCGAUAUAUUACCGACUGGACACCUGUCACUUGGCCACUGGAGGCACUUCGGUCACUAUUAUUUCGACACGUGUCGCCACAUAACCGGCGCUUAGAUUGA